GGCAGCAGGUGUGAGGGAAGGAGGGGUGUGAUAGGUCCUUGUUGCCCGGGCUCCUCCAGUGUACACAAACAUGGCCGACGACAGCCAACAGUUGACACAAGAGCACACGGAAAAAAUAGUCCAGUUCCAGGAGGUGACGGGGACAGAAGACUUAGCAGAAGCAAGAUCUCAGUUGGAGAAUCACUCAUGGGACUUGGAGGCUGCCGUCCAGGACCACCUCGCUCUGAGGGAGAGUCCUCCACCAACACCGCGAGCAUCACCACAGGAACUGGUAGAUAGAGGAGGGGGAGAAGGUGAUGGUGGAGGAGGAGGAGGUGACUAUGAAGAGCUGGGCAACUCUCAUGGGUAUGUGAACACAAACAGAGGCACCUUGUUACCUGCCUGGCCACAGAGUAACCUGCUCAGCUGGGGUUACUACCUCUUCACUCUACCGUUCCGUCUCACAUUCUCUUCCCUCUCGUCGCUCUUCCUCUUCGUGUACAGGAUCGUCUACCCAUACCCCCGAAGAUUAACUGACCCUCUUGGGGAUGUGCUGCGGUUUAUCGGAGAAUAUGAAAGUGAUUAUGGGCAGCAGCACCCAUCAUUCUUCCAGGGCUCUUAUUCCCAGGCUCUGAGCCAUGCCAAGUCAGAGCUUAAGUUCUUGUUGGUGUACCUUCACUGUGCUGACCACCAGGACACACCGAUCUUCUGCAGGAGCACACUGUCAGACCCCAACCUGAUGGAGUAUGUUAACAGCAACAUGGUGUUUUGGGGCUGUUCAGUCACCACUGCUGAAGGUUACAGGGUAUCCCAGGCCUUGAGGGAGAACGCUUAUCCUUUCCUGGCAUUGAUUGUCCUGCGUGAUGGCCGAAUGACUGUUGUCGGGAGGUUAGAGGGACCGAGUUCACCUGACCAGCUGACAACACAACUUCAGGCACUUGUUCGGGAUAAUGAAGCUCAUCUUGUGGUGGCUAGAGCUGAGAGGCAAGAGCGAGAAUUAACAGCUGCCUUAAGGCUGCAGCAAGAUGAAGACUAUCAAGAGAGUUUGCGGGCAGAUCAGGAGAAAGAGCGUAAACGGCAACAGGAAAGAGAAGAAGUUGAGCGUAAGGAGCUUGAAGAGAAACAAAAGGAGGAGGACCAGCAGCGACAGAAAGACGACAUCAGACGACUUAAGGUGGAGAUGGUAGACAGAGUCCCACAGGAGCCAGAAGAGGGCACAAAUGGAGUAGUACAUAUUGUGGUGAAGUUGCCUCAGGGAACACGACUAGAAAGACGUUUCCUCAAGAUAGAAAGUCUGUCUAGUUUGUAUUACUACAUUUUUUGCCAUCCAGAUUCUCCAGACAGGUUUCAAGUGACUACAAACUUCCCACGACAAGUUGUGCCAUGUGAACCAACAGGGUCAAACCCUCAACCACCAACUUUUGAAGAGUUCCGUCUGCCACCCCGCAGUAUGCUUUUUGUGUCGGACUUAGAUGCAUGAGUUGGUUGAGCACCAUGUGAAUGUGAUAUGUAGAGAUCCUGGAUCAUAUCUCAUCAUGCCAAUUUUGAGCCAUACUUAGUGUCAUUGUUUGCCUAUUUGAAGUUCUUAUUCAACUAGGUCCUGGUAAUUACUGUCCUCGGUAUCAACAACCCUGUUGACCCUCUCGUAUUCUUUUGACGUAAGUUGUGUCGUUAAUUGCUUCCGUGCUGGGGUAACCCUUCCCGCUCAACAGUAUCUCUCACUGUGAGCACCCCUUCCAUAAGCAGAAAUGCUGGAACAGUGAACUGGCCCUAUCUACCACCUAAGUUCCUCCCACUAGCUUUAUGGGCUGGCAGAUGCAUCUCUAAGAGGGCAAAAUGGAUCUGGAUCGCUCUACCCAAUGUUUACUAAGAUGGAAAACCCGUUCCAGUUACUGACACAACCUGUGUUGAAAGACUGUGAGGGGGGUGAAAUUUCUGACCGUGGCCAAGAGUACCAGAGGGUUAACCAAGAGGAAGUUAGGGACCCCACUAAAUACUUGUAACAAUGUGGGAAAGAAGAUCCUUAGCAAUAAGAUAUCAGGAUGAUAAGAACUGGUAAACAGUAUUUAAUAAUUCAGGAAUAUGUAGAUCAAAAUUGGUAUAAUUUCUCAAAAAACAAGUGUGAGAGUAGAAUCAUGAUUUGACCAGUGCGUGUGUAUGAGGACCUGGAAUGGAAGUUUUAAUUCCAGUAUCAGUGUAAUGCUGUAAUGUACUGGAAAAAGGCUGUGGUUGAUACAGUGUGUUGUGCAUUUUAUGACAAGUCAAGAAGAUCUUGUAAAAGGUUAAGGGAACUAUAAAUAGGGAAUAUCAAACUGUAAAUAUUGGGGUGUGGUACGAUUGUUGACAAAUAGAAAUGUUUGUCAACCACACUGUUCAUUGGGAAUUUUGUACAACGUACAAUGUGUGAGGAUGUGUUGUCUUGAGUUUAUAUACUAUUAAGUAACUUGGGAUACUGUGUUAUGAUUCCAUGUCACUCCAAUGGCUUAACAGCACACUGGCCAUUUGUGGGAGCUAUUCACCAUGAAUCACUAGUCACAUUUUAGUUAUAUGUACCAUAGUUCUGUGGACCACUUUUGAGCACUACUAUUAAUCUAAUAAUCUUCCAAGUCAGUUGCUGAGACCAGAAUUAUGCUUGGACACUGGUGACCAUAGUUGAGCAACCAUUGCAAAAUUGUUCAAUUAUAAAUCUUGUUGAAAAAGA